AGGGUCUGGUUUUACUGAGCGGAGCCGCAACCGAGUGUCAGUUCACACCGAGAUCUGCGGACACAGGAGAUAUCUCCGAUCAGACCAGCUCGUAUCCCGCAGCAGACCGGCUCAAACCCGUUGCUUUUUCUUUUGGAAAUAAUACAUUAAUUAAAAAUAGACAAUCAAAUAAAUCAGCAAAGUUAAAUACUAAGAGGAGAAGGAAGAAGAAUGGGACAGAAAACGCCAUUAAUAUUGAUGACUUUAUUGUCUUAUUGCGUCUGGAGAGAUGAGGCCCUGGCCAUGACGGAGGUGAAUGGACCGGUUAGUCCUCAUCUGGCAGAACCUCAGAUUGCCAUGUUUUGUGGCCGUCAGCUUCUACACAUGAACACUGAGAGUGGACAUUGGGAACCAGAUCCUCAGGGGCGACAGGGAUGCUUCACCCAGCCCAGCAAGAUCCUGUCAUACUGCCAGGAGAUGUAUCCAGGACUGCAGAUCUCCCAUGUGGAAGAGGCCUCCUCUCCAGCGACCAUCCCGGGCUGGUGUAAGAAGGGCUGGGGUCACUGUCAGACCCGCUCCUUCAUCGUCGUGCCCUACCGUUGUCUGGUGGGUGAGUAUGUCAGUGAGGCACUCUUGGUUCCGGAUCGUUGCCGUUUCUUACACCAGGAGCAGAUGGAUUCUUGUGAGAGCUACGUGUACUGGCACAACAUCGCCAAAGAGGCCUGCACAGCUGACAGUCUGGAGCUGCACAGUUAUGGGAUGUUGUUGCCAUGCGGUGACCGUUUCCGUGGGGUGGAGUACGUCUGCUGUCCUGGAAGGGCAGGAUCCAGUGGACGGGGAGAGACAGAGACUACAGACACUGUACAGGGAGAAACAACACCUUUCGUGUCCAUGGCUGGUGAAAAAGUGCUCACCAGUGUGAAAACGACGCCACCCACUCCCAGUCCCUCUCCCGAGACAGACAUCGAGGAAGAUGAUAUGGAGGAGGAAGAGGAAGAGGUAGUAGAGGAAGAAGCAGAGGAAGAAGAAGAAGAAGAGGAGGAGGAAGGCAAUGAUGAAGAUCCAGCUGAGGUAGAGGAAACUGAAGAUGAGGAAGCCGCGCCGAAGGUGAAGGACCAAGAAGACUAUGAGUAUCCCAUUGACUCUCAUUUCCAAGGCCAAGACUACAUGGACAACUUCUACUACGACAAGAACCUCCAGUCUGCCAAAGCCUCCACCCAGCCUCAAACAAGGACUGACAGCCCGCCCACUCCUCGUCCUACAGAUGGCGUGGAUGUUUACUUCGAGAUGCCUGGCGACGACAGUGAACAUGCCAGCUUCCUACGUGCCAAGUUGGACUUGGAGGAACGGCGAAUGAAACGCAUCAAUGAGAUCAUGAAGGAGUGGGCAGAGGCAGACAACCAGUCAAAGAACCUGCCCAAGUCAGACCGCCAGGCACUGAACGAGCAUUUCCAGUCUGUUUUACAGACCCUUGAGGAGCAGGUAGCGGGUGAGAGGCAGAGGCUGGUGGAGACGCACCUGGCCCGCGUUGUUGCCACCCUGAAUAACAACCGCAGACUGGCUCUGGAGAGCUAUCUGAGCGCCGUGCAGAGCGACCCUCCACAGCCGGACCGUGUUCUCCAGGCUCUGAAGCGUUAUAUGGCCGCAGAGCAGAAGGACAGACGACACACUCUACGUCAUUACCAGCACAUUGAGUCAGCCGACCCUCAGAAAGCUGAGCAGAUGAAAUUCCAGGUGUACACACACCUGCAUGUGAUCGAAGAGAGGAUGAACCAGAGCCUGGCUCUGCUAUACAAGGUCCCUGGCCUGGCUGAGAAACUUCACGACGAGAUCCAGGAGCUAGUGAGAACAGAGAGGGGGGACAUCAGCGAACUGAUGACCACUUCCUUUUCUGAGACGCGCACCACUGAGGAGCUUCUUCCUGCCGAGAGUGAAGAGGAGCGAGAUGACGAGGAGGAAGAAGACAGAGCUUUCCAGAAUCGCCCUUACCCACCACGCAUCGAUCCCCAGCCUAAUGAAAAGAAAGUUUCAUCAGUGGAUGAGUAUGACUACACCACCUCUGAGAGAGGACCAACUUAUGAAUAUGAGGAGAAGAUAAACACCUCUGUGGAGCUGAAGCAAGUGGUCUACAAGUCUCCAGGAAUCCAGAGAGAUGAGCUGCAGCCAGAUGUUUUGGAGACAUUUAACCGCGGGGCAAUGGUGGGGCUUCUGGUGGUCGCCGUGGCUAUCGCUAUGGUGAUGGUCAUCAGCUUGUUACUAGUUCGCCGUAAGCCUUAUGGGACCAUCAGUCAUGGCAUAGUGGAGGUCGACCCCAUGCUGACCCCCGAGGAGAGACAGCUGAAUAAGAUGCAGAAUCACGGCUAUGAAAACCCCACUUACAAAUUCUUCGAGCAAAUGAACUGAGGAGGGCUCUGCAGUCUCCAGGCCAUGCCCUCCUCUCUCGCCUCCCGUUUAUUGAUUGGGGUUUCCACUGCAACCCCCCUCUCCCUCGUACUGUAUGUAUGACUAUAUGACCGAUGUUCAAAAUGUACAACAAACCUGGCACGUAAAUAGGGAGUUUGUAGUAAAACGUUUGCAUACUACUCUCUCAUCAGGGAGAGAGA